AUGGCAAUCAGAGUUGGCUACGUUCCCGAGCAUUUUUCAACACCACUGCAGUUUGCGCAAUCCAAUGGCUACUUCCAGGAAGCCGGAGUGACUGUGGAGAUGAUAUCAUAUCCAAGUGGUUCCGGAGCUAUGAUCCAGUCGUUAAAUAGCGGGGACUUGGAUAUUGCAAUUGGGUUAACGGAAGCAUUUGUUCGUGGGAUUGCGGACACUGAAGAGUCCAGCGAGCCAAAAUACCAGAUUGUCGGCACAUACGUUACGUCGCCCUUGAACUGGGCCGUGUCCACGGGGAUUAACAGGGAUGACUUACAAAAUCUAACGCAACUAGAGGGAGGAAAAAUUGGUGUAUCGCGCAUCGGUAGCGGAUCAUACGUUAUGAGCUUUGUCAUGGCAUUGCAAUUGCAAUUCAAGAGCGCAUUCAAGUUCUCCGUCUGCAAUACUUUUGAAAACCUCAGACGCAGUGUGAAUUCCGGGGAAACCGAUGCAUUCAUGUGGGAGUACUUCACAUCCAAGAGGUAUUACGACACCAAAGAGAUCAAGAUGAUUGGCAGCAUUGAGACGCCGUGGCCAUCUUGGGUGGUGGUUAAGGCCAAAGAGCUACCAGCAAACGAGUUGCUGGGAUUUGUGAAGGCCGUGAACCGCGGGAUUGAAUAUUUCAACGGCCAUCACGAGGAAGCUGUGGACUACAUUGGUACCCAUCUAGACUAUUCCCACGAAGACGCAGCCGAGUGGCUACGCACGGUCAAGUUCCAUGACGAUUGCGGCAAAGUGAACAACGUGCCUGCUGUGAUCACCGCUACUGUUAACAUUCUUAAGACCGCAGGAGUGCUCAAGCACAAUGACAACGACAAACUACUUGAACGAAACAUGCAGCUUGGUCUCUACCAGACCCAGUGA